AUGACUUCUUACACGCUCAUUCUUCCGUGACAAACAUCCUCUCAACUUUUGCACCUUAUAGAAGCCUAGGUUUGAACUCUAUCCACAUCACAACACCUCCGUCCGAUUCGGCAUGUCAACCUGCUUCAAAGGUAGCUGCUCUUGCGUAGCAAUCACGGUACAGGUUGACGGCGAGCCUUCUAUGGUAGCUCUGUGUCAUUGUUUGAACUGUCAGAAGACUACUGGUUCAACGUAUAGUAUGAAUUGGGUUUUGCCUAGAUGUGCGUUCAAGGUAUUGUCCAGUGCACCAGUAACAUAUGAAGCUCUUGGCGACAGUGGUAGUCCAGCACUUCGCCGGUUCUGUGGAACAUGCAGCUCGACGAUGUGGACCGAGUCUUCUCGUUUUCCGGACAUGGUUGUCCUCAAGGCCGGAAUCUUGGAUGAGGGCGGACUAGCUAGAUUUACACCUUCCGCUGAGACAUUCACCUCCAGAAAACCUAAAUGGGUAAAUGAAGUUGCAGGUGCAGUGCAAUGUCUAGAAGCGUUUAGUUCCUGAAUAUUGUCUAUGCUUGGCAGUAGAGAAAAUGGGAAGGUGUGCAGAGUUAGAGUGUUUCUCGUUGGAUGAUUCCCUGUUACGUGUGUUUAUGCUCUCUUUUUCGGCUAUGACGACAAGCAGUCAACACGACGAAAAACUCAUGAGUCAUCAAGAUUCCUCAUUGUAAAACUCCAGAACAAAGCCAUAGCGGCCACGACCAUGAGGUAGAACCACCAAACCAUUCCC